UUUAUUCAGUUGCGUAGUGAUUUCGGUGGUUAGUGCUGGCGGCAUGGAUAAUACAGCAUGGCGGAACGACAAAAUUAAAUUGCCGAAGCUGUUCGAGUAUGAUGACUUCGAUGAGUGCAGGCAAGGGAACCUUCAUUUUGAAUACUGUGUUGUUCGAGCUGUUGUUCAACCCGAUGCCGAUUCCUAUGUAUGGCAGAAUAUAAGUACCCUCUUGGCCGAUAGUCGAAACUUUCCAUACGACCAACUCGAGCGAGGUUUCUGUCUGCGUAACUGUUUGGGAAGGAUCGCAUCAAUUAGCCGGAUAGAUGUUUAUAAGAUCGAAACAAGGCCUAUUACUGAUGAAGAACGGAUCCAAUAUUUGGAUCGGUGUGUCAACAUAGAGCUGAAAAAUCGUUACGAUCUACGUGCAUCGUCGUCUGUGUUGCACUGCAUGUCCGAGAGCAAUUUUCAACAAGGACCAAGUAUAGGUGAGAUCCUUUUUCUAUGCUUGGCUAUAUUGCUUAUGCUAUUGGUCUGCGUUGCAACCGUUCGCGAUUGCAGAGGAAUUGAAUGUGUAUAUGACGCAUUGAUCAAACCUUUCUCUUUGCCUCGCAACGUGAACAAAUUAUUGGACUUAGGGAAAACUGAAGGCAAUCUUUCUCACCUAGAAGGUCUACGAGCUAUCCACACAGUGAUCGUCUUUGUUGUUCACUCUUCGUUGCCAAUGAUGCGGAUGCCACUGAAAAACGUUGAAGAUCUGGAAGCGCAAACGAACAGCUUCAUUUUUCCAGUCAUCAACUCACUAAACACACACAUGAUCACAUUUUUCUUCGCACUGGGUGGAAUGGUUCUAUCGGUUAGUUUCCUAAACCACAUCGACCGCGUGAAAGAAUUCGAAUUUUCCUUCCAAUGGAAGAAACUGCUCAAUCGUUUGGCGCGGCUUCUACCUGCCUAUGUAUUCAUCAUUUUCUACCAGGCGACGCUUUUCAAACGAACAAAACAAACGCCGGUGGCAUACAAGUUCUACGACUACUGCAGUGAACAUUGGUGGUCCAAUCUGUUGAUGAUCAACAACUUUGUUCAUUUGGAUGAACCGUGCUUACAAUACGGCUGGUACUUGGGAGCUGACUUCCAACUGUUUUUAAUCGGUAUGGCAAUUAUGACUUUGAUUUGGAGGUUCCCAGCACUCAAGCGGACCUGUAUUGGCGUAAUGAUUUUAGUCAGUUUUGUUGUACCGGGAUUCGUAAUUUACAAGGAGAAGCUGGAUGCAACCAUGACUUUUGCAAUGCGGCAUGCUCUCAACCAAUUGCGAGAAUACGACGUAUUUUUAAAAUACUACACUCCAUUCUACACGAAUGCUGGAACGUAUUUCUUUGGCAUGAUUGCUGGAAUGCUGUAUCACCAUGUUUUGAAGAAUAAAUUCCACUUGAUUGCAGAAUCGACAUCCAAAAGGAUAUUUGGAUACGUCGCGGUUUUGAUGGUCGCUUUGAAUGGCUUUCUAGCUUUUCUACCAUCGCUGCACCUGGAAAAACCUUCAUUAUUUCUAGCUUUGUUUGGAUCCACAUUGAAAGCAAUCUGGGGUAUUGGACAUUCUACAAUGUUUUUAUUGUACGCCUUCAAAAGGAAUUCGAUGCAGGUUGACUUUCUGAAGCAUCCUAUUCUUGCGGUUCUGGCGAAGCUUAGCUAUGCUGUCUACAUAACACAGUACUCGGUCAUCCACAUGGUUUACAGCAACCUUAGCGUGCCCAUUCGAUAUGACUUUUUCAACACGCUUCUUCUGACAUCAGCCAUCUUCUCCAUCACGUUCUUCAGCGCGAUUUUGCUGCACGUAGCAGUUGAGGUACCAUGCGCCUCCAUACUAAAGCAAGUUAUCGAUGGACAAUUCAAAAUUGGACGAAUGGCUAGGAAAAGUGGAAAAUAUUCUUAGAC